CCCAGAGUCCCGAAACAGGAUAACAGCAGUGAUUGUGGGGUAUAUUUAUUGCAGUAUGUGGAAACCUUCUUCCAGCCAAAAUAAAUAUGCUGAACUUACCUUGGAAAAUCCAUCUGGGUGUCUUGAUUUUUGUGUUGAUAGAAGGGGAUCUUCAAGUAUUUACAGCAGAAAUUUAUUCCACUGCAGAGGAAAUCGAAGGUAAGGAUGCUAGACCAACAACUCAACCCAAUGGCUGGCAAUUAGUAAAUCCUUCCCUGUCUCCUGAGUCAAGACAACGUACUGAAUUCACAGGAAAGGAACACCUCAACAGGCGUGUGUUGUUUCGAAGGAAGAGGUCCAUCCUGUUUCCUAGUGGAGUUAAAAUUUGUCCAGAUGAGACUGGUGAGCAGGUCAUUGCCAACCAUCUGAAAUACUUCAGACUCCGAGUGUGCCAGGAAGCAGUCUGGGAGGUCUUCAAGACAUUCUGGGACAGACUUCCAGCACAUGAAGAAUAUCAGUACUGGAUGAGUUUGUGUGAGGAAGGAACUAUGAGCAUAUUUGAAAUGGGCACAAACUUCAGUCAGUCUGAAGAGCAUCAGAGCCUGAUUAAGAAGAUGCAAAUGGAAGUGCGGACCCCUUUGGAAAUCUUAGACAUAAGCUCUGGACCCUCAGAGGUCUGCAGACCAUGGGUUGAAAACCACUGUUCUACGAAACUAUCCUAUAUGAAAGAAGCAAUGGACGGUGCCUGCAGCGAUUGGUCCUGUGGCUCUGGAAUUCCAACACCAUCUCCAGCUGCUGAUGCUACCACAUUAAGAGAUGCAGCUGCCAAUGUCCCACCCCCUCAUGAGGUCUCCAUUGAGAGUCCAUCAAAUUAUACCUUCAACAAGAAUGAAGACUCAGAUGCUAGUAUCAACAAUGAGAUAAAGCAGGAGGAUGUGAAGCUGAUGAAACCUGUUCCUGACCAGAUGGUUGAGUUCAGCAUCCUUAUUUUGGGAGAGAAAUACACUGAAGAAUUGAGUGACCCAUCCACUAUGCAGCAUCAGCUACUCUCAGAAAAGUUUAUUUCCCACGUAAAAAAUGCAUUUGAAGAAUUACCUGGAUACAAUAAUAUCCAUGUGCUGGAAUUCAGGUCUCCUGAUGAUGACAGUGGUGUGGAGGUCCACUACGCUGUCACAUUUGUUGGGGAAGCCAUCAGCAAUGCCACCUGGGACCUUAUUAACCUUCAUUCCAACAAAGUGGAGGACAACUCCUUCAUAGAACUUGAGGAUAACCCAACUGUUGUGUACACAAUCAGUGACUUCAGAACUUAUAUUGCUGAAAUCCUUCACAAGAACUCUUUCCUUGAAAACAUCUCUUUGACCUUGGACUCUGACUCUCUCCAGCUCAUUAAUGUGAAAGAAGUUCUCUCCCCUGCACCUGAAGACACAUCCAGGAUUACUGAAAACCCAAUUGUUCUUGAGUCUCCAGAAAUUGAUCUUGAUAAUGCCCUUUUAGCUGAGUGGCCCUCUGCAGAUACAACAACUACAAGCAAUAUCUUGCCACUUGAUUUCACCAAACCAGGUUUCACCAUUGAUAGUGAACAGUCCAAUAGCAAUGAAAUCUGGUUAAGAUCUGAAAACCUGGACUCUGAGAACAACUUGAAUUCAACACCAAAGGCUGUCCUCACUUCUUCUCCUGGUGUGAUGAGUCUAGAGGAAGGGGGCCAGAUUCUUCAUUCUUGCACCCCAUCAAUAUUAGAAAAUGGCUCUUCUGUGGACUCUCAGGAAUGGCUGUCUAUCCCUGCUUCUUCAGAAGAUGAUGCUGGAGUGCCGGAAGGCUUUCUUCUGCCUUCCAGUCUACAUCCUCAUCUUGCGUCAAAAGAAAUGCCAUCCACAGACACUUCUGUGGUUCCUCCAACUUCUAUACCAACAGUGAUCUCUACAGAGAAGGCAAGAGAAGCCAUGCCCAUUGACGUAGACUCUAUAUCCCAUGACAGUCUGGAGGACGGAGAAGUAUAUUUAGAGGUGAACCCUCUGCAACCCGAUCUGUAUCCAGGAGGAGAAAUUAUGUAUGAGGAUGGAUCUGGAUCAGCAUUUGAUGCUUCAGGUCAAGAGGCAUGGCCAUGGGGCAUAGCAACAUUAGAGCCAGUUGUCUACCAUCUUCCUGAAAGCUGGCUGAAAGAUAAAAAUGAUUCUCCAUUAAUCAGAGCACAGGAUACUCCUGAGGAACAGAUCCUAGAUUAUAUCAUUGAUUCUUUAGAUAAAUUAAAUGGUAAUCCUGAGGAUGGAGGCAUGACCAAUGCAAGAGGGGAAUUCACUGAUGACUCUGAAUCAAACGUACCUGGACUUUCAGAAACGGCAACUCAGCAGGUGCCUAUGUUAUGGACAGAAGAAACCUUGAAUAUGGAACUGUCCAUGGAAACAUCAGAGGCAUCAGGCAUGUCUGAUUAUUCUUCAUCCAUUGCAUAUGAGCCCUCAGUGGACUAUUCUUCUUUAGAUAUGGCAGAUGAACAGACCUCCAUCUCACCACAUGAAAAAGAUCACUCUAUAGAAGGUCAUCUCCUUACAUCUACAGGGACAUUCAAUGUAAAACAAGCUGAUGAUUCCAGCGAGGAUCAUCAAAUAAUUUAUGAAGCAGUAGGAAACCAGAAUAGGGAAGGGACAAAGUCAGAAGAACCAUCCACAGUAAUCCAGUCGGGUGUAGCUAUUUCAAUAGGACAUCAAGACAUGGAUUCCUCAUGGUCUGGGCUCCUCACGCCAGAAACAGUCCUGACAGCAACUCCUGUGAUGGAAAAAAUAGUCACUGAUGUUUUAAUGGAGGAGCAGCAAACUCCAGAUUUGCACUUCACAACUCAGCAAGCUUCUGGAUCACUUGCUGUGAAACCAAUAAAUAUUUGGCCUACUCACAACACUGUAAGGGUGCCUGAGAAACCUGCAGAUCAAGACAUGCAAUCUGAAGCACCGACCACGGUUGAAGUUUCAACCAUAACACCUUAUUUACUGGAGCUGGCCACUGGUUCAGAGGAUUUCACUGGACUGUCUGGUACAGACCAUGACACUAGAACCCCUAGUAGCUUAAAUAUGGCAGUGGGUUCUUUUGCAACAGUGACUAUAACAAAGACUCCUAUUGGUUCUCUGUCCAGUUUCCCUACUACACAAUAUACAGUAUCUCAGCCUACUGUUAGCUCAACAAAACUGGGGGAGGACAUGACUACGAGAGUACAGGAUACUUCAGUGGAGCUGGAUCAUGUGGGCACAAUGUUGUAUCCUCAUGAGAUGAACCUGGAAGAAAGAAGUAUGACUGUUAGUCGCAUGGAGAUAUCUACUAAUGUCCACUCCACAGAGAUGGCCAGCGUAGCUUGGCCCACGCAUGCAAAUCGCAACACUACCAGGUCCUCACGAGCUUUAGUGGUGUUCUUUAGCCUCCGUGUUACCAACAUGAUGUUUUCAGAGGACCUAUUCAAUAAAAAUUCUCCAGAAUAUAAGGCACUGGAACAACGAUUCUUAGAACUGCUGGUUCCCUACCUCCAGUCCAAUCUAACAGGUUUCCAGAAUCUCGAAAUCCUGAACUUCAGGAAUGGCAGUAUUGUGGUGAACAGCCGCAUGAAGUUUGAAAAACCUGUGCCUCGUAAUGUCACGAAUGCGGUCUAUAUAAUUCUGGAAGACUUCUGCAACACUGCCUACCAGACCAUGAACCUGGCCAUUGACAAGUACUCCCUGGACGUGGAAUCAGGAGAUCAAGCUGAUCCUUGCAAGUUCCAGGCUUGCAAUGAGUUCUCCGAAUGCUUAGUAAAUCGUUGGAGUGGUGAGGCAGAGUGUGUGUGUUAUCCUGGCUAUCUAAGCAUUGAAGGAUUGCCCUGUAACAGCAUCUGUGACCUGCAACCAGACUUUUGCCAAAAUGAUGGGAAGUGCGACAUAAUCCCAGGACAAGGGGCCAUCUGUAGAUGUCGUGUAGGUGAGAACUGGUGGUACAGAGGAGAGCACUGUGAAGAGUAUGUCUCGGAGCCAUUGGUUGUGGGUAUCGCAAUUGCUUCAGUGGCUGGCUUCCUUCUUGUGGCAUCCGCUGUCAUUUUCUUCCUGGCCAGGACCCUUCGAGACCAGUACUCAAAAAGUGACACUGAGGAUUCAUUAGGGCAGGGUGAUAGCCUCUCCUCCAUUGAGAAUGCAGUAAAGUACAACCCUAUGUAUGAGAGUGAUACCACUGGGUACAGCCACUACUAUCGGAGAUACCCACAGCUCACCUCGUACAGCUCUACCAGUGCAGAAACAUCCACAGACUACAGCAGUGAAGAGAUAAGGCACAUUUAUGAGCACAGUGAGCUCACAAAGGAGGAAAUCCAGGACAGAAUACGGAUUAUAGAGCUUUAUGCCAAAGAUCGGCAGUUUGCGGAGUUUGUUAGACAACAUCAAAUGAAGCUGCUUUAAAAAAAAAAAAUUGAAACCAGAAGAAGUUUUGUGGAAGAUGACCUUGUUGCCCUAGUAACAGGGCACAGAUGUAACUGCAAAGUUACGUAUAGUCUUUAUCUUAAACACUGCUGGUUGGAUGCAGAUGUUUUCUAAAUGAAUGAUUAACUGUAAGAAUGUUUAUCUCUGGCUUUUCUGAGUACAGUUAUGGGUGACGAGGUCAUGAAAAUUCACUUUUACUUAUCAGGGAAAAAGCAGUUCCUGAACUGGACGUUGAAAAUUUGUGCAUGUAUUUUCUAAUCUCAGAGAUUUUUUGCUUGGUAUGCAAAGAAAAAGUUAAACUGAAAUACAAAUUUUUAAAUGUUAGUCUGGUCUUUUCCUCUCUCACUGUGGAUGUUUAGAGGUUUCAAAAGUAAAAUAUUAUCGGGGGAAAUAUUUGGGGUGUAGGUAAGAGGUUUGUAGGAUGAUACUGGUUCUGCACAAGUGAUCCUAGCAUUAUUUUGAUAUGGCCCAAUACUAAUCCCAGACAAAAUGUAUUACUGUCUAGCUAGAGAAAUUUGUUUUGUUUGUUGCUCACCGAUUAAAAUAAAUAGUCACAUACUUCAUAAUGUUCAGCUUGCAGCUCUCAUGACAAAUCUCAUGUCUCUUUAAUCGCUUUUAAGACAAAAUUCAAUGUUGCUGGCUUUCAACUGCAAGAUGUUAGCUUGGGGAGAUUGUGCAGUACUUAGUGGUCACUACCACAAAACAUACUAGAAUGAGUAUUUGUUCUGCUUCUCUCCCAGUUCCAGACUCGGGAAAACAAGGGCUAGACCCCCUCCCCGUCUUUGCAGAACAUUUCUAGAAUAUUACAUUACUAACUAUCAUCCUAAAUUAUUUUAAAUGUAGAGAACUUUUAUUUUUUGCUUCUUUAGGUUAAUGAAUGCAGUAUUUACUGUACAGUUAUUUUGUUCCCUAUGAUUGGUUAUUUUCAUAAGUCUUUGUAGCAAAAUUAAGCCCUUAUCACACCAUUCCUAUUGUUUAUUCCCUUGGCACUGAAUUUUUCUUCUUAGAAUUGUAUACAGCCAUCAUUCAGCCAAUUAAAAUUCAGCUGACAUAUUUGAAUAGUACACUAGUCAAUCACUAGCUUUAUUUCAAAAUCAGACCCUGUUUACUUCCACAUUUGAGUCAGAUAUUGUAGUAUUUACCUGUCAAUACAGUUUAUAGUUUUGCCUCCCCCCUUUCAGAUGUCAGCAACUUCUACUGGGGAAAAAAAAGUGACCUCACUUCUGGCUUAGGGGAAACCUAAGGUUAAACCUUUAAACUGCUUUCCAGAUUUAAUUACUUAAACAAAUUUAUCUUUCUAUAAAAUCUGCUCUUAAAAAUGUGCUUCCAAUGCAAAUUUGGACCUGUAUUUUGAACCCUCAAAAGUUCCUAUGGGUUUGGUACAGCUUAUUGAGAGGGAAGGUGCCAGCAUGAAAUUUGGCUCUGGAUCCAGGUUUAAAGUCCAAGCUCAGGGAUAUUCACAUCUUUAGUAUUUAAUACUAAACAGUAACAUUCUCCCACCUGAUUUAAUACCUACUGAACAAUGAAGUUAGUCCAGAGGCCCACCAGUGCCAACAAACCCCUCCUCACCACUUUUCCAAUGCAUAUUACAGUUUAGUCAUGGUGAGAGCUACUUACCUUCCUAACUUAA